GAAAACAUGGCUUCAUACACAUGCAAGACAUUUCUGUCCCUAGGUCGAAUAAAUGUUUAUGGUGUUGGACUUAAGAAAUCAGCGAGUGGAGUUACAUAUGCGAAUGGUUUGUCUUUAUAUUCUUCAGCUGCAAAUAAAGGCCUUCCUGACAGAGAAGGUACAAGAUUCGUCAGAAAACCCAAGAGACGUCCGGGGGGUCCCCGGACAGAAAAGAUGCCGGUGGAUCAGGACUGGACGGCAGUUUAUCCAGUAGCGACCCCCUUCAGACCUAAUGCCGUCCCCCUGCCUGUGAGGAUGGGCUACCCUGUGAGGGGAGGCAUCCCUCCAGAGAAGAAGGGCAACCUGGAGCUGAUCAAGAUACCAAAUUUUCUGCAUUUGACACCGGCAGCCAUCAAGAAACACUGUGAAGCUCUGAAACCAUUCUGUACAGAGUGGCCGUCUGCCUUGGACACCGACGCCAAAUGUGACGAGCACUUCCCAAUCAAACUAGAAAGCACAGACUACGUGUCUGCUGGCCCGUCCGUCAGAAACCCUUCAGCUCGUGUUGUUAAUCUCAAAAUAAAACUGUCCACUCUGAAUCUGGACGAGCACGCACGGAAGAAAAUGCUCAAACUUGUUGGGGAGAGAUACUGCAAAGAUACUAUCCUCACCAUCACAGCUGACAGCUGCCCUUUGAGACAGCAGAAUCAUGACUAUGCCAUGUACCUGCUAACUGUCCUCUACCACGAGUCUUGGAAAACAGAGGCCUGGGAGGCUGAGAAGACUGUGGCAGACAUGGAGGAGUACAGCUGGGAGGACAGCCCAUCCCAAAAGAACAUCUUGCAUAUGCUAGUGCGCAUGAAAUUGGCCGGGGAAGGAGAAGGCGAGGAAGUGCGAGAGCAGCUGCUGGGGAGACAAGAGGUGCAGGAGUAUAAGGACUCUGUCACGAGGCUGAAGAAUGAAGGAGAUAACGAGAGUACCAUGCUGCAGUACAAAGAGGCUGUCAAGAAAGUGCUCAGUCUGUAAUACAACUUAAUGUACAAAAGUAUUUACAUGAAGAUGGUGACCAAGAGCAGCAGGGACCUCUAACAGGGUCCACAAAAACACGUUUAAAUACUAGUGGCCUCAUACCGUUUUGGACUUCAUCUACGUACCAAUAACACAAACGAGAUUACUGCAGAUAAUUACUGUUGUCUUUUACAUGAGGAUACUACCAUCUUAAGUGUCUCAACUACUGUAUUUAUUUUCCACAAAGUAAUCAGGUGUAUGAUGUCUUACAUACAAUAAUAAAAGUAAGCGGUUGGUUAAUGUUCUGUAUU